CGACCAUGCUCAUCUUUCUCAACGGGUCUUUAAUUCUUGGUUAUGCUAAGGAAGCUACCUGUCACCAGGAAUGUCAGAGGAGAGGCUGUUAUCAUGGCAAGGACACAUCGCGGCAUCGUGCGGCACACCCCGUGAGCAAGGCCCCGGAGUACCGCGGUGAGGCUCUGGGGCACAUGAAAGCAGCACCCACUGUGCGCGCACAACUGCAGCGAGGCGCCCGCACCGCUCUGCCCCGCUCACGGCAGUUCCCAGCAUCACCCUGCCCGGGCGCUUGGGCUCAAACUGCGCGGAUCCAGGUUACAGAGCACAGAUCAGACCUCGAAGAUUUGCACCUUUAUGCAACUCCGCGGGAGCAACGGUUUCGUAGGUUUGCCAGUCUGGAAUUUGAAGGACAGCUGUACAUGACUCCAUAUGACUUUAUCCAGGCUGUUACAAGUGAUGAACCCAAACAUGCUAAAAAGUGGCGAUCUCUUUCCAAGCAGGAACUGAAUCAGAUCCUUAUGGAGACACCUCCGGUUUGGAAAGGAUCAUCCAAACUUUUCCGUAAUCUUAAUGAGAAAGGUGUGAUAUCUUACACAGAAUAUUUAUUCCUCUUAUGUAUUUUAACAAAGCCACAUGCAGGGUUUCGAAUUGCUUUCAACAUGUUCGAUACUGAUGGCAAUGAAAUGGUGGACAAAAAGGAAUUCUUAGUGCUCCAAGAGAUCUUCAGGAAAAAAAAUGAGAAGAGAGAAAAAAGAGGAGAUGAAGAAAAACGUGCAAUGCUACGUCUUCAACUUUAUGGAUAUCAUACUCCUACUAACAGUGUUCUUAAAACAGAAGGAGAGGACCUUCUCCCCAGAAGCUAUUGGGAUACUUUGAGACGUAGCACAAGCCAAGCACUCUUUUCAGACCUUGCGGAGCGUGCUGAUGAUUUUUCAAGUUCACUGUCAGAUACCACACUGCUUGUACACUUUUUUGGCAAGAAAGGAAAAGCUGAACUGAACUUUGAAGAUUUUUAUAGAUUUAUGGAUAACCUGCAAACUGAGGUUUUAGAGAUAGAAUUCCUUUCUUACUCUAAUGGGAUGAACACCAUCAGUGAAGAAGACUUUGCCCAUAUUCUCUUGAGGUACACAAAUGUGGAAAAUACAUCAAGUUACCUGGAAAACAUGCGCUGCAGUAUUCCUGAAGAAAAGGGUAUCACAUUUGAAGAAUUUAGAUCAUUUUUUCAAUUCUUGAACAACCUAGAAGACUUUACAAUUGCAAUGCAAAUGUAUAAUUUUGCAAGUCGUUCCAUAGGUCAAGAUGAAUUCAAGCGCGCUGUGUAUGUAGCCACAGGUGUGAAGCUCUCACCACAUUUGGUGAACACAGUGUUCAAGAUUUUUGAUGUCGACAGAGAUGACCAGUUGAGUUAUAAAGAAUUUAUCGGCAUUAUGAAAGACAGACUCAAUCGAGGGUUUAGGGAGACUCCAAAGUAUGGUUGGAAGGAAUAUUACUCUUGUGUGAUGACUGUAACCAGUGAGCAUCUCAGAGAUCUAUGGAAGCAAUUUCGGAGACGAGAUAUGCUGAGAUAAAGGAAGAAAACAGGAUUAUCUGCACUGGCUAGAAUUAUUUAUUCCUAUGAAUUCUUAAUGAAGAACAAACUAACCCAGGUGAAUGGUGAAUCUUCCAGCUGCAGUAGAAAACACAGGACUUCUUUUCCACUUAGUGUACUGAUCAUCAACUCUUAAAACUGCUUUUCAGUAUGUAUUUUAUUUCAUUGAUGAACUAACUAUGCCAUGUGAGUGGGAGAAGCCUUCUUUUGUAAGAGCACCUUUUGAAUAUUAUUUUUUAUUAUUUUGAGAUAAAUUUGUCAUUUAAAAGGAGACAGAAAUAAGUCUUACGCCUGGGCAGGAAGAUGUUUGGCAGUGAAGAGAAACUGCCUGCAUCAACUUAGACUGUGAAUUUACUUUCAGAAGAGCACUAUUAACAGUUUGUGCUAAACUGAAAAUGAGACUGCAUUAAGUAGCAUAACAAUUACGUAUGAGUUGAAUGGACAAAUUAAACUCUUAGAGGCUGUUAUUUUACAAAAAGUAAAGCUGUUACAGUUAUAAUGUGAAUGAUAGGUAUUUACCUAGGAAAAGUACUGUAUGAACUAUAAUGUUCAGAUUCUCCAAGUCUUAUUAUUAUGUUUAUGAAUUUAUCCUUUAAAAAAUAAUACAGAUUUUAAGAUGUCUUACAAACAGUGUGUCAAAGAAAAGUCAAAAUGUUCAAAUUCCUGUAACACACACUUUGUAAUAUUUAUUAUAAAUUUUAUUGCCAUACACUGGUAUGUUUCUGGUAAAGUACAAAUUCAUGUGUUUCUUGUGAAUAGUGCACUUUUAUAUGAAGUGGCACUGAGUAGAAAUUAUAGUUGUCUAAUUUGCUACUCUGGAAUGCUGCAUCUGAAAACUAGAUAAAUAGCUUGUGUUUGUGUCAAACAAAAAAAACAAAACAAAACAUGAAUGCAUGCACAGUACAGAACAACACUCAGUAAUAUUAUUUGAAUAUUACUUGUUUGAUAUUCAGCAACAGCAUUUUUCCUUACUCCCUAUUAACAUUAUUGCUAGGUAGUAGGAAUUAAAUCCACACAAACAAGAACAUCUUUUUUACACCCUUCCUGAAAAAGUUUACUGGACAUUGAAUAAAUCUGUAUCUGUUUAGGAAAAGAAUGUGCCUUGAAAUAAUUCCAGCUGAAUACACACACACUUAAACUAAGGUCAAUAAAUUGUCACUGGAAGCAGAAAUAUUUGGUAAUCAGACAAUCAAAACAGAACUAAAAUAAUGGUUUCAAAUAUCUUACUACUCCAAAUCAUGAAAGAAGAUUUUUUAAAAUUUUAUUCAGUGCACAUGUUGCCAAUUACCACCUUAUAUGUGAUGUGAAUAGAUGUAUGGUAUCUGUGUAACAGUGCACCUAAGUUUAGAAAUGCUUAAUUAUAGUAAGAUAUAUCUCUGGUAGAAAAAUAAAAACAAAAUGAGAAGGAAGCGUUUUUUAAGAAAUUGCACACUGGGAAUUCUAGAAAAAAUACGUGCUAAGAUUAUCUGGAAAAAAAAUCCAAAACCCAAGCCAGUUCCAAAAACUAUCAAAGGGUGAUACUUCAGCUAGUAUUUUGUGAUAAAUAAAUUUAAAAUUUCCUCCUUAAACUAUUGACAGCAAGAAAUAAUCAAAUAAAUUGAGAUAAAGGUUUUUGACUUGACACAGCAGAACACAGACAAGCUGCAGUCCAGUCCCUUUGUGAUCAUUUAGGGAAUCAACUGUAUUCGAUGUAUCGUCUUGGUACGCAAAAACUGUCUCACUGCUUCUUGUCAGUGUAAGCAAAACCCAGUUUGCUACUGCAGUGAUGAAGGACAAAGAAAAGAGAAGAAAACAUUGGGAGUUCACUGAAGGGGUUCCCUUCCUUCUUUUUCAUUCAUGACUGCCCACUCACAGUGAUCCUCCCCUCAGAGGAAGCAGCGUACCAUCAUCAUUUUGCUCCUCCACUGCCCUAGGCAAUCAUGCACUUUGCUUUUAUGGCUGGCUUGAGGCAAUUUUAGCAUUUUUCUAUAUAUUUCCUAUCUAUAAUUACUUAGUACAAAAUAGAAUGUGAAAGUGUCAGAUUAGUUUUUAAGACUAUUUUUUCUUCAUGUUUAAUAAUAUUAUUUAAUAUAAAUAUGAUAUAUACAUAUAAUAUUCUUGUUUAUUUCAAAAUAAAUGCACUUGAAACUAA